UCUCAUCCUGAUAUCCCCUUGGAGUUAACUUAAACCCCCAUCCAUCCCUCUCCUUCUCCGUCGCGAUGGAGGGAGCUCCAUUUCCAAGCCGACCUGCUCUUCCUAACCAGACCUCCAAAAUCCCAAGAAAUCCCUCGCCUAACCGUCCCAAGUUCAACCUUCCCUUUCCUCCACCGCCUCCUCCUUCUCGUUCGCUUCCUUUGGACUCCCUCCUCCAACACCUCGCCAAGGAGACCGCCAACACCCUUCGCCCUCCGUCGAGCAAUAAAAAUCCCACCUUGCCCUCUUUGCGCCUUGCUGCGACCUCGCCCCAUCGCGAGAAAUCGCCUCCUGCGCAGGGCGCACGGCUCGCCGGCGUCAAAUGUGGAGCUCGGUUUCUGCAGGAUCCCCGUCUGGGGUUCCUCUCCGCCGCAGGCAAGUCGUUGCUGAGAUCCAUCGUCGAGUGGCCGCUGGUUGACUUCGCCACUCUGGUUGAAGCCAGGAAAGAUGAGAUUUUUGGCGUGGAUUGGGUUGCCCUCUUGAAGGCGCUCGAAAUUCUGGGCAAUUGGGAGAAAGCUCUCGCGUUGUUCGAAUGGGCUGCAUCCACUUCCCGUGCCGAAGGAUCCAGAUUAGAUGCCCCAGCGAUCGAGGUGAUGAUCAAGGUAUUGGGGAGGAGUUCACAGCACUCAGUUGCCUCCAAGCUGUUCGACUCUAUUCCUCUGGAGGAAUAUUGCCUUGAUAUCCGUGCUUACACUACUUUGCUUCAUAGCUACUCCCGCGCCGGGAAGUAUGACAAGGCAAUCGCAUUGUUUGAGCAGAUGAAAUUGAAGGGGCUUUCAGCCACCUUGGUCACCUACAAUGUGAUUCUCGAUGUGUAUGGCCGCAGGGGGCGGUCCUGGAGCAAAAUUCUCGAGAUUUUGGAUGAGAUGAAAAGCAACAAAAUUAGUUCUGAUGAGUUCACCUACAGUACAGUGAUCUCUGCUUGCGGAAGGGAAGGGUUGUUGAAGGAAGCCUCAGAGUUCUUUAAACGACUGAAGUUGCAGGGAUAUGUUCCUGGCACUGUCACGUAUAAUUCACUACUCCAGGUGUAUGGUAAGGCAGGAAACUAUCCAGCAGCACUGGGAGUCUUGAAGGAAAUGGAGUACAAUAACUGCCCAGCUGAUGGAGUUACCUACAAUGAACUUGUAGCUACCUAUGCUAGAGCUGGCUUUUACGAAGAAGGGGCGGCAGUGUUGGAUACAAUGGCUACUAAAGGAAUAAUGCCUAAUGCCAUUACCUAUACCACUGUAAUUAAUGGGUAUGGCAAGGCUGGAAAAGAGGAUGAAGCUUUAGCGCUGUUUGAUCGUAUGAAGAAAUUGGGUUGUGUUCCUAAUGUUUGCACUUACAACACAAUAUUAGGAAUGCUUGGAAAGAAAUCAAGGAUGGGGGAAAUGUUUGACUUACUUUCUGACAUGAAACACAAUGGUUGUGCCCCGAAUAGGAUCACAUGGAACACAAUGUUAGCUAUAUGUGGGAAAAGGGGCAUGGAGGACUAUGUAAGACGAGUGUACACUGAGAUGACAAAAUCAGGCAUUGAACCCGACAAGGAUACCUUCAACACUAUGAUUGCCGCAUAUGGUCGAUGUGGUUCUGGUACCAAUGCUUUGAAGAUGUAUGAUGAGAUGGUCAAAGCAGGUUUUACUCCUUGCACUACAACAUAUAAUGCACUCUUGAAUGCAAUAGCUAGAAAGGGUGACUGGAUAGCUGCAGAUUCUGUUAUAUCUGAUAUGAAGAGGAAGGGCUUUAAGCCUAAUGAUCUUUCAUACUGUUUGUUGCUUCAAACUUAUGCGAAAGGAAGAAACCUAGAAGCUAUAGAUGCAAUUGAACAAGAAGUUUAUGAUAGCAAAAUUUUUCCUAGCUGGGUGAUCCUUAGAACUCUGGUUAUAGUCAACUUUAAGUGUAGAUUAUUAAAGGGCAUGGAAAAGGCAUUUGAGGAGCUGAAGAGGAAUGGCUACAAACCUGACUUGGUGAUUUUUAACUCAAUGCUUUCAAUUUAUGCAAAGAAUGGGAUGUAUGAUCAUGCUCGUGAAAUUUUCAAUCUGAUUCAUCCAAGUGGGCUCCGACCUGACCUCAUUACUUACAACAGUAUGAUGGACAUGAGUGUGAAAGGUGGAGAAUGUUGGGAAGCAGAAGACAUGCUCAAACAACUUGAAAGCUCUGGGUUGAAGCCUGAUGUGGUGUCAUACAACACUGUCAUUAAUGGAUUUUGCAAACAAGGGCUCAUGAAUGAAGCCCUAAAGAUUCUGACAGACAUGAUAGCUAAAGGAGUUGCACCUUGCAUGAUCACUUAUAAUACCUUAAUUUCUGGAUAUGUGAGCAUGGAGAUGUUCAAUGAUGCUGCUGAUGUUCUUAGCUAUAUGAUCCAACACAACUGCAGCCCCAAUGAACUAUCCUUCAGGACAAUUGUUGAUGGCUACUGUAAAGCCAAGAGAUAUGAGGAAGCCAUCCAGUUUAUAGCUGGCAUAGUGAAUAUAGAUUCAUCUUUUCCUGAACAGUCGCUGAAUAAGCUAGCCCUAAGAGUAGAAGAGAGAAAAUCUCACCAUUGACCGAUUGGUAUUCAACAAUCCUGUUUGCAUAGUCCUGGUAUCACUCAGGUUAGUUAACAGGACAUUUAUCUGCAGCUUUAUGAGAUUAUCAUUUUGUUGAUAUAUAAAUGGUCUUCAUAGUAUUUUUAUACAGUUUUGCCUGAAUUGGAACUGAAAAAAGAGUCGUUCAUAUAUUUUCCAUUGACUGAUGUAGUAAUUUCACAGUUAUCCUUAUUUCUCAAGCUGGCAAAUUGACUUCUUUUUCCCUCAGUGGUAAAUUGGGUUAAAUCAUGACUUUCAAUGGGUCAUUCCUAAGGUAGAAUGGUGUGUUCUUGCUGUGAUUGAUGACUCAAAAUAAUAGUCCAAAAGAAGGAUUAUUGGGUAGAACUGUACUUUUGAUAAUCACACAAGCAUGCUCUCCCAUUGCACAAGCAGGGUGAUCAUUUUUUUUUUCAUAUAGAAAUUGAUUAGUAGCACAGGUUGUCCAUCGAACCUUUAUACACUAUGGGAACAAUGUUAGAUAAGGCACGAAGACUAUUUUAUUGUCUUGUUUUCAACUCUUCCAUUUCCUUACAGUUUCCUGUCUAAACAAGCUACUAUCUCUUGAGCAGCUUCUUUUCUUUUCUUUUCUUAUCUGCCAUAACCAAUCUGCCUUGGAUGACUUUGUCAACCAUGGCUGUCGACUUCACCACACAAUAUUGUUGGCAUACUAAACCACAUCCUCUCCUUCCUUUUCACUAGUGACUUUGUCCAUGCCUCCUUUGCACAUUGGUAGCUUUGUGCCCACUUUGAUAUUAACAAUUUCAAGCAGAUUGAUUUCCCAACUUCACCUCACCUUUGUCCCCAAAUUAGAUCAUCUAGUGUGCCUCAUAGUGGAUUAUGUGGUUUUUUGGUCUAGAAUUAAUGCCCACCAAUGGUGCUACAUCAUUUUGUGGUAGUGCUCCUUGCUAUUGGUUCAGUGCAUUUAUGCCACCAUCAUCGCGGUCUAAGUGAUGGUCCAAUGAUUUGACUACCCCAAGUAUUUCAUUGACAAUUGCUCCAUCAAAAGUAGAAAGGUGAUCCGGUUGGGGUUCAAUUCCUGGUGGUAUGAUUUUGAGGUGGUUUAAAGUUUCACCCGAGGUGGACUACAACUUGGAUGUGUGCCAAGCAAAAGCAACCGAACCCGUUGUGGUUCAGGCCUUGCCAAGGCUCAUCCAAGGUGAGUAAGGGCUUUUAGCUCUACUCAAUCAAGAAUGAGUUAAGGGGGCGUGAGGCGCCUUUGACUCUUCUGCAGCUAGGUGUUGUCUUUCUCAUGCUGACUCUCAAAGAAGUUAGCAGAAAGGGCUUUUUGAGCGCCGAGAGUCUUCGAAAAGACACUGCUCCAGAUGCCUAUCCAUGAUGAGGAAAGCGCUUAAGCCCUGGAAACUUUUGUAGGUCUGUAACAAUUGCAUUACAGGCAAAGCAUUUUGAAGGUACAUGCUGAACGUUUUCUGAAAUAUGUUGCAUAAAUUCUGGACGAUCUAUACUUGUAUAGCGCUAUUUGCUGAUUAGGGCCUUUGCAACAUUGCCACCUUUCGCUCAUUUGACUGGUUCAAAUCGGCCAUCUGCUAUAUACUGAGCGGCAAGGCUUCAAACAUCCUCCCGGAUAACAAGGACGUCCUUGUCACAUGGACUGAGGAUCGACGCUGGUGAUGCCGAUGGAGUUGUUGUGGAGGCAAAUGGAUUCUAUCCUAUCCAAUAGGACUAAGAGCCAUUUGAAUUGUGACAGGAUCCCAUUCUACUCUCUCCAUCAGCUAACUGAAUUCUUUCUAAGCAUUCACCUUUACAUACAGUCUUCACCACCAAGAAGGAUUGGGGUAUGGGAAAUAGAGAAACUCAAUGAGCAAUGACACAGCACGAAGGCUUCUACUUGCCCUACAAUGGUGUUGUUCCCUGUCCACCUUCCCCCUGAAUUGCUUUCAGAAUCCCAACUGAAGCUUUUGCUGAUUGUAUGCUGCUGCCGCAGUAAUGGGCAACUAGCACUAUUAUUACUACGAUCGGAGCAGAGAAGAAGCAUAUCCUCUCUUUGUCAGUUCAAAUAACGCAUUUUUUUGUUGCAGGUUUGAGUAGCUUUCCUAGUUGUUCAUUGUUUGAUGUGGGAAGAUGAUGAGCAGGUUCGGUUCUUCAGAUGCUUCCUUCGCCCCUGCUUCCAUGGCAUCCUUCUCUGCGCUCGGAGGUGGCGGCGGUAGCGAAAAAGAGAAGCUUUGGGACUCGGGCUAGGCUGCCAGUCACCAAAGCCACCUAUUCUUUCAUCAAAAUCCUACUCUGGAGGACAUGGACGCCCAGAUUCCAUUCUCCCCGCCGCUGGGUAUCCUUAUCCUCCCCAGGAAUUGUCCUUAAGAGGGAGGAGAAUGGUGUAGGUGCCACCGGCCGAAUUGGACUCAACUUGGGCCAGCGGAGCUACUUCUCCUCCGGCGUUGAUGCCGGCCACUUCAUUUUUCGCCAGAAAGGAAACGGCAGCGGCGUGUGGUCACCCAGCCACCAGCCACCUCCCACCUCAUUGCCAGGCGGAGGGGGUGCAACUCCGACCUCUCCAGCGCCAAGCACUACGACCGGCACCACAAGGUCUGCAAUUCCACCCCGAAGCCACCGUCAUCAUCAUCGCCCACGGCCUGCAGCAGCGAUUGUGCCAGCAAUGCAGCAGGUUCCAUGUGCUUGCAGAGUUUGAUGAAGCCAAGAGAAUCUGCAGGGAGCGCUUGGCCGACAACAAUCGCAGGCGGAGAAAGCCUCAUCUCAUACCAUCAGCAGCAGCAACCACAACGAAACACGACGCAGACUGCUCAAGCUCCAUGAUUACUCCAACCAAGCAAGCAACCAACCUGUAAGUAAUACCCAUUAACAAUCUUCCUCCCCAUAUAAAGAGAGGGAGAGUUUUUAUUUCUCUCUAUCACCCUGGUCAAUCCACAGGUAUCUACUGUUAUUUUUUGUUUAAAAAAAUAUAUAUAUAUGUUAUCCAUCUAUCAUCCA